UUAACCCCAUUUCCCGCCUUCACAACACAAAUUCGGCGUCCAUGGCGGACAACAAGAAACGGCGGCGAACGAACCCAACCGGCGAGGAGUUACCCUUCAAGAACAAGCUGAAGCCAGAUUCAAUGAUUCUGCAAACCCUGAAGGACUUAGCAGCUUCAUGUUCUUCUUCGUCCUCCACUAAAACCCUAACCCUCCAAGACCUAACCCUACCCUUCCCUUGCCGCGAGGUCGCCGACCUCUCCCUCUCCUCCGUCGAAUCCAACAUCGAAUCUCUCAUCCUCAAGGUCGCACACUCCAUCCUCUCCGGCCACGGCUUCUCCUUCGACGUCCCCUCCCGCUCCGCCGCCAACCAACUCUACGUCCCCGAACUCGACCGCAUCGUCCUCAAAGAUAAAUCCUCCCUCCGCCCCUUCGCCAACAUGUCCUCCGUCCGCAAAGUCGCUAUCACCGCCCGCAUUCUCCACCUCAUUCACCAGCUCUGCCUCAAAAGCAUCCACGUCACCAAGCGUGACCUCUUCUACACCGAUGUCAAACUCUUCCAGGAUCAGAUCCAAUCCGACGCCGUUCUCGACGACGUUUCGUGUAUGCUGGGGUGCACUCGAUCGAGCCUCAACGUGGUUGCAGCGGAGAAAGGGGUUGUAGUGGGAAGGUUGAUUUUCAGUGACAAUGGGGAUAUGAUUGAUUGCACGAAGAUGGGAAUGGGUGGAAAAGCUAUUCCGCCGAAUAUUGAUCGAGUUGGGGAUAUGCAGAGUGAUGCUCUGUUCAUUCUCUUGGUGGAGAAGGAUGCUGCUUAUAUGAGAUUGGCUGAAGAUAGGUUCUACAACCGGUUUCCGUGUAUAAUCGUGACGGCGAAGGGGCAGCCUGAUGUUGCCACCAGGUUGUUCUUGAAGAAGAUGAAGAUGGAGUUGAAGCUGCCUGUGUUGGCUCUUGUGGACAGUGAUCCUUAUGGGUUGAAGAUUCUAUCGGUUUAUGGAUGUGGGUCUAAGAACAUGUCUUAUGAUAGUGCCAACUUGACUACACCUGAUAUUAAGUGGCUUGGGGUUAGGCCUAGUGAUUUGGAUAAGUACAAGAUACCUGAGCAGUGUAGGUUGCCUAUGACAGAACAGGAUAUUAAGACUGGGAAGGACUUGUUGGAGGAGGAUUUUGUGAAGAAGAAUCCUGGUUGGGUUGAGGAAUUGACCUUGAUGGUCAAAACUAAGCAGAAGGCUGAAAUACAGGCUUUGAGUACCUUUGGUUUUCAGUAUCUCUCUGAAGUUUAUUUGCCCUUGAAAUUGCAGCAGAAGGAUUGGCUGUGACUCUGAGUGAUGUGAUAAUGUCUGAGAAUUAAGAUACUGGUUAAUGGUUAUAUCACUGUUUGUCCCAACUGCUCUGUAGCACCACUUUUCAGUGGAAUGUGGAUGAAUUUCUAAUUAUCCUUCCUUGCAAAAUUGUUCAAUAACUUUCGUUCAAAUAUUAUGUUAAUGGUCUACGUUUUCUCAGACUUUGUUUAUGAUGUUCUGU